AUGGGUCACAGCAUCGAAGACUGCUGGACCCUCAAGGACAAAAUAGAGGAACUCGUUCGGGCGGGAAAGCUCAAGAAAUACGUCCGAGACGAACGUCCGCCGCAACCGACCCAACGACCUACACAGAGACCGGCUUACCGUAAGGAUAAGCCGCGAAAUCCAAAAGCGGAGUGGCCCCGGCAGGAGAGGCGCCCAAGCCGAAGUCGGAGUCGCAGUAGGGAGCGCCCCUUGAGGGGGCAUAUCAAUACUAUUUCCGGAGGAUUUGCGGGAGGAGGGUCAUCUUCCUCCGCCCGUAAACGGCAUAUUCGAGCCCUCCAUUCCGUCCAUCUGGUCGAUAAGCCACGCCGCUCCUUGCCGCCUAUCACCUUCUCGGACGAGGACUUUCACGCCCCUGAUCCCGACCAAGACGACCCGAUGGUCAUAACGGCAGAAAUAGCACGGUACGGGAUAAGCAAAGUUCUGGUCGACCAAGGAAGCUCGGUCAACAUCCUUUACUGGAGGACUUUCCAGCAGAUGGAUAUCUCUGAGGAUCUGAUCAUCCCCUACGAUGGGCAGAUAGUGGGAUUCGCAGGAGAGAGAGUUGACACGAGGGGGUACGUGGAGUUGAGGACGAGGUUGGGGACCGGGCGAUCUAGCGAGGAGAAGAGGGUCCGGUAUCUGCUGGUGGAGGCUAACACGUCGUACAAUGUACUGCUCGGAAGGCCAUGCUUAAACGCUUUUGGAGCGAUCGUCUCUACCCCCCACCUCACGAUGAAAUACCCCUCCUAG